GCAGCAGCGGGAGGAGGAGGAGAGACGGCGCGCGCUCGCGAUGGAGGAGGACGGCCGGAGCGCGGCGGCAGGUGGACUCCGCGGCCCUCGCGCCUCCGCGCGCCGGUGACCCGCCAUGUCGAGCCGCUGGAGCGCCUGCUGGCAGCUGCUGCUGUUCGGCGCCUCGGCGCUCGUGAUCGUGGGCGAGCGAGCGGCACUGCUCUACUGCAUUGGGUUCUACCUGUGGCAGGAGCAGGUGUUAUGGGCGGGGCUGACCUUUGCCCUUUUGUUGCCGGGGUCGUUGGUGCAGGUGCUGAGCUUCCUGUGGUACAGGGCAGAUGGAGAACAGCAGACAUGUCACAUGAUCACCAUACACACACUCCACCUGGGCAUCUUCAAAAGGUUGUGGGACUGCAGUGUGUGUGUAUGGCGUGCACAGGGUUCAGCGCAGUCUCAUGCUCAGCUGGUGAUGCAGCAGGCGGACAUGUCAGCUCUCCGUCUGCUGGAGGUCUUUCUCCUCACUCUUCCUCAGGCCUUCACCCAAACCUACAUCCUCACAUCAACUGAGCUCAGCCUUACCUUUCCAGUUGCUCUGUGCAGUGGUGUGUGUUUGCUGGCUUUGUCCUGGGCCUUGGUGUUGUACAGUCGAUCAUGCUGCCUCACUCGACCGGGACACCUGCUGAUGCCACCCGCUGCCCUGCUGUGCCAGCUGCUGUGGAGGGCAGGAAUGUUGGCUGCUCGCUUCGCCAGCCUGGCGCUCUUCACGCGCUCCUUCGGCUGCUGGGUGAUCGGCGUCAUGGGUUCCCAUUGGCUGAUUGCUGCAUUCUGGAUGGUCUCCCAGCAGACGGACAUCUGUGUGGGCCGGUGGUCCUGGCGUGUAUUUAACCUCGUGCUGGGGGGCGUGCACAUCUUUCUGUUUCUGAAUGUGAAGGAUGGCCCCUCCCGUUUCCGCAUGGCUGGCUUUUAUACGGUCAUGCUGUUGGAGAACACAACUCUCGUACUGGCCGCCUCCGACAUCUUGAGUGAGGCAUCCUGGGAUAGCCUUACUGUCCCCACUGCUGUUCUAUGUAGCUUUCUGCUGGGCCUGACGUCAUUAGUGCUGUAUUACCGUUUCCUGCACCCAAAGUCCACUGAAAUCUCUCAGGGUCUGCAUCAUGGAGCCCACAUGGGCAGUGCGUGUCUGGACCAGGGCGAGUCCUCCUUCUCUCUGGGUGACAAAAGCCUGGCCCCCCCCUCGCUCCCUCUGCCCCUCUCCUCCUCUCAUCCCUCCUUCUCUCUCUCCGGCAUCCCCAGCUCUCUGCUGGAGCACGCAGGCAGCUGUGGGGUGAAGGCGGACGGGGAGUGCCGGCACCAUCACUGGCUGCUCAUCCGGCUAGCGCUGAAGACCGGCGACCCGGCCAAAAUAAACCGGGCGUAUGGUGCGGGGGGAGUUGGGGGGAUUCUAGCGGAGGAGGAGGAACGGCAGAAAGGAGAGAGCACGGACGGAGGAGAGACUGGGUGCGUUUCACGCUCAGACAGCAAAGACGAUACGCUGGCCCCUCUGUCAGACUGCAAGGAGGAGUUUGAGAGCGUGAGCGAGGCGAGAGAGGAUGAAGAGGAGCAGGAUGGAGAAAACAGUGACAGUCUGGAGAUGGAGAGUCCUCUGGAGUCUCCGGAGUCGGAGUGUAAGCGCAGUUCUCCUGAGGGGAAGUCAGUGUUCGGGGACAGUCCAGAGCCGAAUUACUGCCCCACCGAGUCCAGCUCCACACUUUAUUUCAGCGCAGACCCCCAGUCCCCCAGCAGCGCCAGCAACUCGCGCUUGGACCGUGACCCGUGCUUCAGCUUCGGCUCCGGAGCCGGCGUGGAGGCUCUAGGGGAGCCGAGCCCUGCAUCCAGCGACCGUGACCUCAUGCUAGGAAUUCUGGGCCGUGGCGGUCCUCGCUACACUUCUGCUCCCGGGCUAGAUGCCCCGGGGCCUCUGGAAGGCUCCGCCCCUCACCUGAGCGGCCCCCGCAGACAGUUGGUGCUGUCCCGACGAGGCCUUGAGGAUGACUCAGGCUUCUAAGGAAAAGGGACAGUUUUUUUAAGGGAUAGAUUGGCCACCCUUCAUGCCCACAAUGCAAUGCUGUCUAUCAACCCUUAUGGUCUGAAUUUUGUAUACAAUUAAUAAAAUAGACCUCUAAUGUGGUUUAUAUGAUUGUGACACUGUAUGACACACUGUUAUCUCUAAAGAUUGACUAAAGUAUAAACAAGUUUUAGGGCCCUAUCUUAAACCCUGGGUAAGGCACGUUGUGAUGCUCAUUGCUAUCUUACACUCUAUUUAAAUAGCAAUGGUACUUAUAAAUAUGUCUACGGUGAUGGGCCUGGUGGUCUGGAAGUGAGAUGUGUUCAGGUACAUUCUGGCGUACUGCUAUCUUGGCAAUGAAAAACACUGGUGAUCCACUGACUGAAAUCAUCUUAAGUCACCUGUCAGACGUUCAUUGCAUCUUGGCAACGCAGGUGUGCCGCACACACUUAACACACAUGCACUUCCGCUUGCUACACACACACAUGGACAAACAGCCAUUCGCAAACACAACCUUUACAUCAACAAUAAACAGAAUACAAGAUAAAAAAAAUAACAUUGCUAUUCAUUUAAAUUAACUUACACACAUUCACAGCGUUAACAAGCAGGUCAGGUUCCCCUGCUGAGAAGCGCAGAAGUGCUGCGUCUUUAAAAUACCAAUCCGCCAAAGUCAGAGCUCACCUGCCUCCUGGCAAUCGGGGAAUGGCAAGCGACACGUUAAUUGGUUUAUUUCACAUUACGUCCAAAACACGCCCAUGAUUAAUUAACAAAAAAUUAGUACACGCCUUUUGCCUUUUUGAGUUUUGAGACACUCAGGGUGUACUUUUCACAUUACGAUUUCAAAGACGCACUGACACACCCUAAAUCAAGCUGCGUUGGCUAGUCGGCGGCUUACUUAUAGAUCGCUAGGCUUUAAGAUGGGUGCUGUUCCACUGCCGUUGUGCCGCUGCUGGCGCCAAGUUCCCGGUUCUGUGCUUUUCCACCGCAAAUAACCGCGAACCUGUGAUGCAAGCGGACAAAGGGCUGCACGUUCAAGCGUCACAGUCGCAAAGUUGUUUAAACUUCUGUUUCCAGUUUGUGGAACACGCCCACAUUCUAAUCUCUGGCCUGGCAUUUAACUCACUCACUCUAGUACAGCAGACAUGUUUAGCAAAACACAAGGGGUCACUAUUAGCAAUCAUUAGAAAGGUGUUUCGUGACAGUUAUGCUUUAACCCUUUUCUUUUUUUACCAUUAUAUAAUAAAAUAGCCUUAAUGUGUUUUCUUCUAACUUUUCAAAAAUUUACAAGCAAUUACAAAACUACAGCUAAAAAAGUUGAUUGAACACUUUUAACAGAAAUGUUCCUUUCUUCUGAAUUUAAUUUUAAAAUCUUAUUUUAUGUAUCAGCUUCGGGUCUCACAUGAGCCUCAGUACUUUUGCUGGAACUGUUCUAUAAAAACACAUCCACUAGUGUGCGCCACCUUAAUGAAGACCUGAAGAAAGCCUGUGGACAUAGAUUUAUGGUGACGCUAGCCUCACAGCAUCAGAGUGUUAACUAAAGAAGCUAAAUCUGGAUGCCCAGUAUAUCAAUGCUGAUUGGCUACAUCUGUGGAAACUGGUGAAAAUUUGUAUACAUUUUCUCUAAACCAUAGUUUUCAUGCUUUUUCAACAGCAGUGUGUUAUACAGUGUUACUAUUUCUACCUAAAAAACUGUGAUGGUUUUGGCAUGUAGUUAGCAGCAUGCUAAUUAGCCAUAGUAGCUUUAGUUCAAAACUAAAGAAGAAGCAAAACUUCUAAAACCAAACAUGACUUGACUGAUUGACUACAUUUAAGGUAGAACGGUGGGGUGGGUUGAGGGUGUUAAGACUUAUAAAUUCAGACGUUUUGCUGAAUUAUUGCUUUAAACACGAACUAAGCAGGUCAAACGUGUGCAAAUGUUUAAUUGUGACAUAAUAUUUAUAACACUAUUAAUAUUACAUUGUUCUAUGGCUGUGAAAACUGAAAAUAGAUGUUUGUGUGCUGUACAUCUCUGUGUCUGUAAAAAAAAUCGACAUGCUGCAGGUGGGGUUGAAAAGCACAAGCCGCAGGCCGUUUCUCACUUCUGUCUGACUGAAUCUGAAAUUGCUGCCUGUUUGACACAAUCAGUGCUGAGCUACAACCUACAGCAUGCAGCUACUACUUACAGAACUGCUCUGCUGGAACAACAGACAAGCAGCAGUGUGCCUGAUUGGGCAUAAUAGUUAAAGUAUCCCACGCCUUUGAAAUUGCAUGUGCAGCACCUUAAACAUGCAGAUGACUUUUUUCCAAUGACUGCUAUAGCUUUGCUCAAGCUAUAACACAUCAUCUGUUGUAACUAUGCCAAGUAGGAAGCUAUUUUUGAUUCAGUCUCUUCUCUGAUGCUGUUUUUAUCCUGUAUUUCAAAAAGUGUCUCUAAAUCUCUAAAUAGCAGCCCUGUAGCGGCGACUGAGCCAUACCUGUCAAAGCAAUCCGAGAGCAGCGAGCCUUCUCUGGAGACAGCCUCGUAAAAAUAAGAAGCAGUCUGAACAGAACACAAUAAACAGACUGUCCUGUUCUGAACUGAAAAAAUCUCCAUCACAAAUUAUCACCUGAAAGAAAACGCUAAUCUGAUUCUGAGCAUCUGAAUAGCAUUACAUCUCGUUUUCUAUUCUGAAUUUAACAUUGUAAUAUAGGUUUGGAUUCUGUGUUUUUCCAGAUUCAUAACCAAGCCUUGAUGUGAAGUUGUGUAUGUUUUUUUUUCUUUUUUCUUUAUUUGUUUUCCUACACUACUGUUCAAAAGUUUUAGUACCUUAGGUUCCCAGGUGGUGUAACCAUAUACGCAUUGAUUUAAUCCUUAGUGUUGCCACAGCCCCACAAAAAAUGGCUAGCUAAAACUUUGAUAAAAUUGGUGGGAUUUGGCUGCCAGUAAAUAUAUCUAAAUACAGCAAAAAAUUGUGCUUAUUUAAAACUAAGGUUCUGUAAUUUGGUGUUUCUGUAAUUAAAGUUUCAAACACAAAGUAUUUAAUUAACAAAUUUCUCAAGGGAACAACCUUUAAAAAAAAAACACUUAUAUACUCACAUUUGUAAAAUGCAUAUAAAAUAAUAUAUAUUAAGGGAUUAUAGGCACAUUUCUAUAUGUAACUAUUCAGUGUCUACUAUAAAUUAUUAUGUGCACUAAAAAUUAUGUAGUAAGUACUAUAAAUUGUGUAGUAUCUACAAUAAAUUGUUCAAAGGUACUAUACAUUAUUCUUUAUAUAAUAUACAUUAUUCACUAAAUAAGUUGCUGCUCUAGUUUAAGUAACAUUUUUUUCUGAACUUUUAAACUGUAAAUAUUUCAGUAAUUACUAUAAAUUAUUAAACUACAUUAUAAAAUUUAUGAAAUUACCAUUAAGUUAUAAAUUAUUCAGAGGCUACUAUAAAUUCAGUAUCUUCUGUAAAUCUUUCAGAAGCUAUUAUGAAUUAUUCAGUAAUUAUUUUGUAAUUACUUAUUCAGUAACCAGUGUGGCCCAAUACCAUUAAAGUCAGUGUCUUAUAACUUUUGACCAGUAGUGUAUUUCAUGCUUGUGUGCAGGUUUAUUUGACUGUAUAUGCUCUAUAAUUCAUACGUGCAAAUGAACAGUAAUACAGGGCUAUAAUCGCUUGCUGUAAAUGUGUAUUUGUACAGCUGUUAGUAGUUCAUUGGGCUGCCGUGGACAACAAGCAGUGGACUUUUCUCAGGUUAGGAUCAUUUUGCCAGUAAAUUUUAGAAAGAAAAAGUGUAAAAGUUAUAAAAAAAAAAUGGACAAGGCCAUUGAGAAGCAUUGUCUUUGUUUAACCCUGCAAUACUUCUCUUAUAUGGUCUUGGUUUUCUCAGCUGAAAUGGAGCCUGAGUAAGGGGCCUGAGUAGUAAACGCCUUAAUACAUUUUGACCAAUGAGAGCACACAUUUGUUACAGAUACUGAUUGGACUUCAAAACACAAGCUUUAAUUGUGGCUUUUAUUUCAUAGCAACGGUUGUUAAGUUGGACAAGCUUAAGCAAUAAUACACAAGACGGGAGUGCUAAAAUGUUAGUGUAUUAUUGUGAUUAUACGAAGUUUCAUUAUCUCUGUUUAUUGAUUUUGAGUUAAAGAGGAUGAGAAAUACGAUCUGUUUGGUUAUAAAAACUCUGUAAGUUAAAAUAGUUCCAUUGCUGCUCUGUUUGUAACUGCGCUGUUUGGUUUGUAAGCGCUGCAUCGUUGCUAGGUUACCUGUAUGUGGUGGAGUAAUACUGUACAUGGAGAGCUUUGGUUACAGUGCAUUACCAGCACUAAUAGAACACCUCAGCCAAUCACAUUGCAGGGUUGGAACUGAACUGUGGUAUAAUUUUUAUUUUCUUUUAUUUAAACACUCUUUUUAGUAUAAUUAGUCUUCAUUAUGCCUGCAUUGAAUGUGGGUUAUUCUUCUCCAGAGAUAUUUAUUUUGAGUGUGAGUUUUGCAUAUUGAAAGGUCACAUUGUUGUUGUGGGAUAAAGCUAACAUUAGCCUACUACUAUGUAGCAUUUAAACUAAUAUUAUUACAGUGUCUUUGUAAAUUUCAAUGGGGUUAAUAACACCACUCUGUAAAGCUUGUCCAACCUAGCAGCAGUGACUAUGAAAGAGCACGUUUGUGGGCGGAGCAUAGGUAAAUCAGUUAAAAAUCUCUGAUUGGAACAUGUACAGUAAGGCAUGUUAUAAGUCAGGGAAAUAUUGAUUGGACUACUAAAAGCAUGCAGUAAUUCAGGUAAAUCUGAUUGGCUGCCCUGUUACUGAUACCUAAAGACAGAGGUAUAUGACAGUAGAUUUACAGUCCAUUGUUUUACACAUUUUUUCUAUGAUUUAUAAACCUAAUCAUUUUUCUGCAAACACCAUUGUUACCUGUGUUUAUAUUCUGUCCUUUACUGUUGUACAGAGCUGUACAGUUUCUAUAUGUUUGGCAAAACAUGAAGUAAUAAGAUAAUAAUAUACAGCGUAUUCUUUAUACAGCAUUUUCUGCUUUAUAUGAUUUUUAAAAGAACUCAAGGACUAUACAAUGCAGGAAUGUACAGCUGUGCCCCAUAUCACGUGUGUAAAUAUGUGGAAACUGGCGUGACUUUUGACCAGCUACUGUUGCUGUUUUUUUCUGUCCCUCUGAUCAGGGAUUUUGGAAAAGACAAAAAAGGUUUGAUGAACAUAUGCAUAAUAUUUCAUCAUCACUAAUUAUUUGCAUGCAGUUUUAUAAUAACAGUAGUUUAAGAAAUACAAGCUAAUAAUGGAGGUUAGGUAGUAUUUCUAUGUUAAACAUCCAUUUACUGGUUACUGUAGGAGCUUCAUGAAUCCGUUUCAAGCAUUAAAUUAGAGUGUCCAAACCUAAA